UUUAAUAAUUUCUGUUUAUGUGUUAAAAAUUAUUAUUCUAUUAAUUCUUCCUGUUUUUCCUAUAUUAUAGCUUUUACACCCCAAUAUAUCUAGCUCUAAUUUUUCACCCCGAUUUGUGAAUUCGGUACUUUACGCUUACUUCUUUCACACUUUUAAUGUUAUUCACCCUCAAAUCUAUUAUUUUAUUGGCGGAUUUUACCGGCUAGAUUUAUGGUUACAAAACCGCUGAGUUCAUUUCGGAACAUAGUACAUCACAUAAGUGCGAAUGUGCGUAGUUUGGGGUAUGCGCCAUUUUCACAGAUUUUUCUUCAUUUUGGUUAGAAAUAAAAAUGACUGAAAAAAGUCACCGGCAAUCUCGCAAAAAGGGCGCCGAAUGGACAUCGCAUCAACCCAGCAAGCCCACAGGCGUAUCUUCCCAACCCAGCGAUUCCUUUAACUUCACAGAUAUGUUUAAGUCACUCCAAGCGUCGCAAGACGUUAAAAACGCUCAAGUUUUCGAAGAUCAGAAGCUAAUGUCUGAAAUUGGGAAAAUAUUCUUCACCAGCAUGAUGCAGUUCAGUAGUAUAAUGAACUCAAGGAGUUCAUCCAACAAAAAUAUUGCAGAUAAUAACCUAAAAAAUAAAGGCAAAGUAGUAGGCCAAAAUAUUAAUGCAGAUCUUAACGGUUCUGGUAGCGUAAAUCACAACACUGGCGAUACAGUGGAUAGGGAUGUUGGUUUAACUGGUCAAUAUCGCAAAGCUAAGAAUAAAAAGAGUAAAGUGAAGCAACAAGGAACAUCAGCUUCAGGAAACAUUAGUUCAGUUUCCCAAGAUACAGUUAAUAGAGAUAAUACAGCCGAUAGUUCCAAGGUUAAAAGUGAGGGUAUCUACCCGCAACUUACUCAAAAGUGUAUAAAUAGAGGAAAGGGGAGUGCAUCAGUUAACACUUCCAAGUAUAAACUGAAACAAAAUGAGAUAAAUAAACCUAAACAGAACCAUGAAAUAAACAAAUUGAGGGAAGGUGAUGUAAAUAAAGUUGAUGAAGAUGACAUGAAAGAAGGUGAUUACACAAUAUCAACACAACGUGACCAGACAGAAGUAAAUUUGUCAGAUUUCCAGGACCCAACGCCUAGCAAUGAAGAUGAAGAAAAACAAAAACUAAACUUGAACAUUUAUCGGUUUAUAAAUAAUUGUGUUUCAGUGAAUAGAUUCUCAACCACUGAUACUGUAUUACCAAACGCUGCAGUAGAGGAUAAUAUAUAUAAUAUACCGACAUUAAACUCUGAAACAAAUGAUACCACAAACUACUCGUCAAGUAGUGAUGUGGAUAUGUUGAAUAACACGGCGACCGAAGACGUGUUGUUGAUGCGUUGUUUUGGAGGUGAUUUGGACAGUGUGAUGAAGCUGAAGGACUGCGAUUUGGAGUUCGUGGACCAAGUGGGCCGGAGUGCAAUACACUACGCAGCCAGCAGUGGAAACCUUGACCUUGUAAAGUAUUUGGUGUCAAACGGAGUUUACAUCGACAAGAAGGACGUAAAGGGGUGGACUCCUUUAUUUAUAGCUGUGGUCAAGAAUCACGUGGAAAUUGUAGAUUUAUUACUAAGCUACGGAGCGGAUUUAUCCUUAACUUUGAGGCACCGAUGCGCACCGACAAGGCUAACAGAUGCCCACAGCCAUGCAAUUCACUUUGCAGCAAUAAAGAGUAACCUUGAGAUCACCCAGUCAUUACUGAAGAAGGGAGUUGAUAUUAAUCAGAAGGACUCUCAAGGCAUAACACCCUUGAGUUAUGCAUGUUACAGAGCAAAUCAGGAGUACGUAGCAUUUUUGCUGGAACGAGACGCAAAUCCAACAAUUCAGGAUGUUAAUGGCAGGACAAGUUUUCAUUCAAUAGCGCUAGGAGGAAGUCUUGAGUUAGCUAAGCUAAUGCAUCAGAAGUUUGGAAUACAUGAUACACAAGAUAGAUGGUCUUUAACGCCUUCAAAGUUAGCAGAAAUAAGAGGAUUUACGACUUUGUCGGAGUUUUUAAAGAAGGCUGGGAAUGAAACCGCGAGAUUUCUGGGCCUACCACAAACUGCAAACUCGGAUCCAGACGACUCUGAAGAUUCAAUGUACCAACUCCUCUCAUCAACAAUUGCAAGUGCUCUCAACGAACCAAACUCUGACCAGAUUUAUCGAUGCCUACUGCGUUUAGGGCCAGAUGUGGUUAAAACUCUAUUUGAAUUGACGCUAAAGGUUGAGAAGAGCGGAGGAGUAACGACAUCAGAUGGGAAAAGACCCAAAACACCAGGAGGAGUUUUCUUCACACUAUUGAAGCAGAUGCACCUGAAUAACUAUAUUACUAAGGAAGAUUAUGACUAUAUCAGAGCAGCUGAAAAAGAACGACUAAAAUCUGUUAAUCACAUCAACAAUGUGAAUGCGAAUAGUAAAAAUUACAAGGGCAAGAAUGCUAAUAUGAACAAUACUCUAAACAAGGUUAAUAACAACAAUACUUUCAACAGAGUAAAUAAUAACAGAGCUGGCAAUAACAAAGCCAGUAACAGAGUCAAGAACAAGGAUAAAAAAUUGUGACUGAAUAGUUACACAUUUUGAAAAUUAUCAUACAUUUAACAAGAUAUAAUCUGAUGAUUUUUA